UUGUCAAAUGUUAAUGUGAUUGUAUUGUAUGAUAAUAUAUAUAUAUAAGCGAUGAGUUCGGUGUGGAAACGGUUACAACGGGUCAACAAAAGGGCCGCAAAGUUCCGAUUUGUGGCCGCUUUUCAUGAACUGGUAGUCGAGGCCAACAGCAAAUGGCAACCAAACAAAUUAUGUAUAGUUUUGACGCGAAGGAAUCGUCGAUAUUCAACACAUCCCAAGACAUGGGAACCGACUCUACGUAAUCCAUAUCGUGGUUUAGUCAUCUGGUCGAUACCAGAGCUUUUAGAAGUAGAGGUGACAUUAUUUCGUGACCAAAGAUCAAGUGAAUAUGAAAUUAAAGAGUGGAUUCUAGCCAUUGAAGACGUGGCACCAAAUGGUCGUCGAAGGAAAGUAGCAUUUGCACCGUUAGAGUUAAGCAAAUAUGUGGACGGAGUUAACACUGUGCCCACUGAACAUCAGGUCAUCAAAUUGCCAUUACGUGAGUGCUCUGUCAGGAAAGUGACUGAAUCUCACACGACAUUCACAAUCACAUCCCAAUUCAUAAGAGAAGGAAAGGCGACCGAUGAAGACAUGCAAAGUAUAGCCAGUCUUAUGAGUAUAAAGCCGUUGGAAGACAUUGGAAAUAUUGAAGAUUUUGACGACACGGUUGACGGCUCGAUAGCUGAGAGAUCUUCAGUGAGCUAUAGUGGUGCUGACGCGCAAAUGCCUGUCCUCUCAAUGGAAAGCAUACGCGAGAACAUUGAGUUCGAGCAAAUGCCUCUCCGAUUGCAACAUUCACUCAAUGAUAGCACUGAAGUGAAUACCACAGCCACUGACGAGAACCAGAAGCCAAACCAAGUGAACGAAACUUCUUUCACGAGUCCUGACGAAAGUACAGAACCAGAAACUGUCGAUAAUUUGGAUACAAGUGAUUUAACCUACAAAUUAGACACUUCUUUAAUUAGUCCAACUAAUGACAGCUCAUUUGUGAGCUCUUGUGACGAACAAAUGCCAGUCUAUUCGGCCACAGAAGACCUGUUAAGUUGGUGUAAGACAGUCACGACUGGCUAUCACGGCGUCAAAGUGACAAAUAUGACUACUUCUUGGAGGAAUGGAAUGGCUUUUUGUGCAAUCAUUCAUCACUUCAGACCAGAUCUUAUUAAUUUUAGUCAACUCUCUCCGUCUGAUAUAAAGGUUAACUGCAAGAAAGCAUUUGACGCGGCGGCCACUAUGGGAAUACCUAAACUUAUUGAACCAUCUGAUAUGCUAAUGUUAUCAGUUCCCGAUAAGCUAUCAGUAAUGACAUACUUAUAUCAACUUAGAGCUCACUUUUGUGGCCAAGAGAUGCAAUUACAACAAAUUGGUGACACAGCUAAAGACUCAAUGUAUACUAUUGGAGAACAGGAUAGCGAUAAUGAAGUUGAUUGCAAUCAAUUGAAUGACAACCAAAUAAAUGACAACCAGUUUAAUCAAAGAAAGAGAACAAUCAGAUCUAAUUCAACAAAUAAAGAAGAGAUGAGAGACGAUGUUAUUAGUUAUGUUAAAGCUAUCGACAAUAAAGCGUUUUCAAUGGUAGAUGAAACCAACACUAAUGGGAGUUUAAUUCAUAAUAAGAGACAAAUUGGGGGCAAUAGGAGUGAAUUGUCGUCGACUGGAGAUUCCGGUAAUACUACUGUCUCACCAACACAUCACAACUCAAACAAAACGAAAGAAAAGUUCAGUUUUUCGCGGCUAAGAAAUGGUAAACUUAAAGAAUUGCAAAAGAUUUUAUCAAAUUCAUUGGAUCUCAAAGAUAAUGGAAAUCAAAAAGAAGUGCAGACGACGACAACAACAACAUCCAUAACAGACAACAACAACACUGACAGCAGUAAUGGAUCGAUGAGUGGGAGUCGGGAGAAGCCAAAGCUAAUGACUCGCAAACAACUUUUAUACCCUUUUGACUCCGAUAGCGACGAAGAGAUUGAAUUAACUCAUCACAGAAAUGGUAACAAAUCACAAAACUCUUCAGAGACGAGUACUCCUUCACAUACCGACUCUGAGAAGAGUGCUAUUGGAGAACCCAUUCGACGGCCCAUUCAAUAUGCAUAUAAAAAGGCACCCGUUUUGUCGCCAUCACCGCCUUCGUCAUCGUCAUCGUCAUCACCAUCAGUAUCAUCCCGUCGCUUAACAACCGAUUACACUAUCACUGGCGGCUCAAUGCAUUCGGGUCUUUACCGUAUGGCAGAACCCGUUGAAUUAGCUCCGGGACUAUUGGAUUUGUCUCCAUCCAAGUCAUAUAGACUACAAAGAGCACAUUCAGCUCCAACUGGCCAUUCAUUUCUUGUUGAUCCGCGAAGACGACCGCUCUCUCGUCAAGAAGAGCUUAAAGAGAGGGCCCGCAAACUACUGGACAAUGCAAGGAAAGAGGCACUCACUCAAAGAAAUACUCAACCCAUUGGAAAUCUAUCUAAACAAGAAGAGGAGCGACAAAGACAUCUGAGAGAAAGAGCCAGAAGAUUGAUAGCUGAGGCCAAACAAGGCAUCACAAAUGCCAUCCCGUGGACCAGCUUAGACUCACCACCAGACACGAUGGCUAAUGGAUUUCAUAACAUCAAUAUCAACGCAAAUAUCAAUAGCAAUACUGUAGACAACAACAAUAUCGACAAUAAUUAUAAUAGAAAUUUAAAUGAUAAUUAUAACAUUGAAAAUAAUAGAUCUUUUAAUUAUAAUGAAAUGAUAAGCAACGCAAGCAAUAACUUGAAUUUGAAUAACAAAGUUUUAUCACGAAGAGGCAAAGUGCGUCACUUUAACUUUUAUCAAUUCAAAAAACCAAUUAGUGCUAAUACAGAAGUAAACGGAAACGACGAGGAAGUGGACAAUAGGGUUGUGUCGACAGUGGAUAACAUUAAUAGUCUGAACGGUAAACUAGUGCCGAACUCGACAUACGUGUCCAAUGAGAUCGAGGCAUUGGAACGGGAAGAGGAACAGAUCGAUAGAGAGGCACACUUUCUGGAGAAGCGACUUCGCAAGAUUAUGGAGACCGGUGGCGCCAAAAGGGAAGAAGAAAGACUGAUGCAGAAGUGGUUCGUUUUAGUGAAUAAGAGGAAUGCCGUAAUCAGGAGACAAAUGCAACUAAAUAUUAUUGAGAAAGAGGCGGAUAUGGAGAGGAGAUUUGAAUUACUAAACAAAGAGUUGCGAUCUAUUCUUGCAAUUGAAGAUUGGCAAAAAACUGAAAGCCAGAAACAGCGGGAAAAGUUGCUUUUGGAGGAAUUGGUGACAAUUGUCAAUAAAAGGGAUGAGUUGGUCCAACAUCUCGAUACUCAAGAGAGAGCCAUUGAAGACGACGAGAUGGUCGAGAAUGCAACUCAAGGACCGAUUUAUCUGACGGACGAUACAACAGACAAAAACUGUCUUAUUAUGUAAAACUGUGAUAAUAUUGAUAACAAUCACCACAUUUGACAAAAUCAAUGUUAAAUUAUUUACAUUCACGAUAUAUGUUGGCAUCCAAUAACACAUAACAGUUAGCUUAUUGGCUGAUUUUAUUAUACUGUAUAAGUAAUAAAUAUUAAU